GGGUUACCUUAUUAUCGUCACAAGACGAAACAUUAAGAGAAAGGCAAAAUCACUGUCAAAAGCCUUACCGACCAAAUUUCCGAUUUUCUCUCCUCUGAAGAAAUCCGGUAAAUACCAUGAUUCUAGCUUCACUCUACUUCUUCUUCUAGGGUUCGUUCGUCUUCUGGAGCUGCUGCGCAAUGCCGCUGGCUUACACAUUUCCAGUUCUCCCUUCUUCUUGUCUGCUUUGCGGAAUCUCUAAUCGCGGCACCAGCUUCGUCGUUGAUCGCACGGAGCUUCAGAUCUCAGGUCUCUUCGUCGUUCGUUCUGAAUCCGGUGAAUUCUUCGGUUCUGGUUUAUCUUUGCGGCGGUUUCAGCGGGAAGGACGGAGGACGUUGAAUGCUGCUGGUGGUGGUAUCCAUGUUGUGGACAAUGCGCCGUCUCGUACUUCUUCCCUCGCUGCAUCUACCUCGGCAAUCGAAAUCCCGGUUACGUGUUACCAGCUUAUCGGAGUUUCUGAUCAAGCUGAGAAAGACGAGGUAGUGAAGUCGGUUAUAAAUUUGAAAAAAGCUGAUGCUGAAGAAGGCUAUACAAUGGAAGCUGCUGUAGCUCGCCAGGAUCUUCUCAUGGAUGUUAGGGAUAAACUUCUUUUUGAACCAGAAUAUGCUGGUAACCUGAAAGAAAAGAUUGCUCCUAAAUCUCCUCUCAGAAUUCCGUGGGCUUGGUUGCCUGGUGCUCUUUGCCUUCUUCAAGAGGUUGGACAAGAAAAACUCGUGCUGGAUAUUGGCCGGGCUGCUCUCAGGAACCUUGAUUCGAAGCCAUAUAUUCAUGAUAUAUUUUUAUCUAUGGCACUUGCUGAGUGUGCAAUUGCAAAGGCUGCUUUUGAGGCUAACAAGGUCUCUCAAGGAUUUGAAGCUCUUGCUCGUGCUCAAUGUUUUCUGAAGAGUAAAGUUACUCUUGGGAAACUUGCAUUGUUAACUCAGAUUGAGGAGUCACUAGAGGAGCUAGCACCACCUUGCACAUUGGAUCUACUGGGCCUGCCUCGCACGCCAGAAAAUGCAGAGAGGAGGCGAGGUGCAAUUGCAGCGUUACGCGAACUGCUCAGACAGGGCCUUAGUGUUGAAGCUUCAUGUCAAAUUCAAGACUGGCCAUGCUUUUUGAGCCAGGCGAUUAGUAGGUUAUUGGCCACAGAGAUUGUCGAUCUUCUUCCAUGGGAUGACUUAGCCAUUACACGGAAAAAUAAAAAAUCACUCGAAUCCCACAAUCAAAGAGUGGUAAUAGAUUUUAAUUGUUUCUACAUGGUGUUACUUGCUCACAUCGCUGUUGGAUUUUCAGGCAAGCAAAAUGAAACGAUUAAUAAAGCAAAAAAAAUAUGCGAAUGUCUCAUAGCAUCAGAAGGUGUUGAUCUGAAAUUUGAGGAAGCCUUUUGCUCAUUUCUUCUAAAACAGGGUUCCGAGGCAGAGGCCCUGGAAAAACUUAAGCAGCUGGAAUCAAAUUCAGACUCUGCCGUUCGUAAUUCGAUCCUGGGGAAAGAGUCGAGAAGUACUUCUGCUGCUCCAUCACUGGAAGCGUGGCUAACAGAGUCCGUGCUUGCUAACUUUCCAGACACAAGGGGUUGUUCUCCAUCAUUGGCCAAUUUUUUUCGGGGUGAAAAGAAAUAUCCAGAAAACAAGAAAAUGGGGUCACCUUCGAUCAUGAAUCACAAGACGAACCAAAGACCGCUUUCCACAACGCAGUUCGUGAACUCGUCACAACAUCUUUAUACAGCUGUCGAGCAGUUGACACCAACAGAUUUGCAGAGCCCAGUGGUAUCAGCCAAGAAUAAUGAUGAAAGCGGUGCCAGUAUGCCAUCUGUUCAGCUGAAGAGGAACCUUGGUGUACACAAAAAUAGAAUAUGGGAUGAGUGGCUCUCUCAAAGCAGUUUGAUCGGAAGGGUAUCUGUUGUUGCUUUACUGGGUUGCACCGUGUUCUUCUCUCUAAAGUUAAUAGGCAUUAGAUCUGGUAGACUACAGAGUCUGCCUAUAUUGGUUUCUGCUAGGCCGCAUUCGGAAUCAGAUUCUUUUCUGUGGAAAACAGAGUCUGGGAAUUUCAGAAAAAACAUUGCUUCUGUGAAUAGAAAUGGUAUCAUGGGCAACAUCAAAGUGCUCAUGGACAUGUUAAAGAUGCAUCAUGGCGAACAUCCGGAUGCCUUGUAUCUGAAAAGCUCUGGUCAAUCAGCUACAUCAUUGUCUCAUUCUGCGUCAGAACUGCAUAAAAGACCAAUGGAUACAGAAGACGCAGAAGAGCUUGUGAGACAGUGGGAAAAUGUUAAGGCUGAAGCUCUUGGACCAACACAUCAAGUUUAUAGCCUUUCCGAAGUCCUUGAUGAAUCCAUGCUUGUCCAGUGGCAAACGUUGGCACAAACAGCAAAAGCUAAAUCCUGUUAUUGGAGAUUCGUUUUGCUUCAUCUAGAGAUUCUGCAAGCACACAUUUUCCAAGAUGGUAUCGCUGGUGAGACUGCAGAAAUCGAAGCCCUUCUAGAGGAAGCAGCAGAAUUAGUUGAUGAAUCUCAGCCCAAAAACGCAAAAUAUUACAGCACUUACAAGAUCCGCUAUACGCUGAAGAAGCAAGAAGAUGGAUUGUGGAAAUUCUGCCAAAGCGAUAUUCAAAUACAGAACCUUUGUUCUGGUUUAUCUAACGGUGUAGGAAAGUCUCAGAACCCUAAGAAAAUGGUGGAAUCGGAGCUAAGCUAUGAGCAGAUUCGUUUGAAUAGGGUGGAAGAGAACAAGAAGAGAAUGGGGGAGCUUAAUCUCAACAAGCUUGCUCAAUCUCUUCGUGUCUCUUCUUCUUCCAAGUCCUCUCCAGCAAAGCCAAGGACCAUGCGUAUUCCGGUGGAUUUCUCGGAGGUCAGGAGAUCAAGCCGUGCCAAGGGUCCACCUCCAAGUUACAAAGAGUUUGGGCUAGAACCACUGGAGAGGAGGCCAAGAAGGAGCUCUCAAAGAAGAGAUCUGCUGAAUCGGGUAUAUGCUUCAGACGACGCAAGAAUGUACGCAUUUGACAGGGCAGAGAAGCUCCAGUCAAGCUUAGAUCCAGAAUUCCCAAGCUUUACCAAACCAAUGCUCCAAUCACACGUGACCGGAGGAUUUUGGUUGGGCUUGCCACUUCCUUUUUGCAAGGCACAUAUGCCAAAACGUGAUGAAAUGAUGACUUUGGUUGACGAGGAAGACGAGGAAUCUGUGGUGAAAUACCUUGCUGAGAAGAACGGUCUUAGCGGAGGCUGGAGAGGUUUCGCCAUCGAUCAUCAGUUAGUCGAUGGAGAUGCUCUCGUGUUUCAACUUAUCACCCGAACAAUGUUCAAGGUGUAUAUCAUUAGAGUAAAUGAAGAUGCAAACAAUGAUUCAGAUGGGAAUGAAGAAGAUGAAGAUAAUGAUAAUGACUUAAACAAGAAACAGAAGGAGAAUGUUUCAGAAGCUAGACAGAAGAAAGUAGAGUGUUUCAAGGUUGAAAUGGGACUUGUACGGAAGGAGUGGGAAAAGAACUAAACUAACAUAAACAGAGCUUUUUGCGAGUUUCUUUGGCUGAGCAGUGAAGUUAUGUAAUGGGGAUUUGUUUUUGUGUCUUGUAAUGGAGACAAACAUGGUACGUUACGGCUAAUAUUUUGAUUUUGGUAACUACGUUGAUUUAAUUUGAUAGUUUAUGAUUUGGAUAAGGGAACGAGAAACAAACUUUGAGAAAAUAG